AUGCCAGGACUAUCGCUCGCCGGACGGACCGCCUUUAUCACCGGCGGAUCUCGAGGCAUCGGUCUCGAGAUCGGAAAAUCGCUUGCCUCGCGCGGCGCCAACGUCGUCAUCGCUGCCAAGACGGCCAGCCCGCAUCCCAAGCUGCCCGGCACCAUCUACACCGCGUGCGAAGAGAUCGCCGAAUCCGCCGCUGCAUCCGGCUCCAACUCGUCGGCGCAUCCGGUCCAGCUCGACAUCCGAGACGCUUCCGCGGUCGAGAAGGCCAUCGACGACGUCGCCUCGAAAUUCGGCGGUCUGGAUAUCCUCAUCAACAAUGCGUCGGCUAUCAACAUGACCCCUACCAAGGAUUCGUCCGUCAAGUCGUACGAUCUCAUGAACGGGAUCAAUGCACGAGGGUCUUGGCUCGUAUCGCGGUUCGCGCUGCCGCACCUGCUCCGAUCCGCUGAUCAGGGCAACAAUCCGCACAUCCUCACCCUCUCACCCCCGCUAAACUUCAACACCCUCUCCACCACUCCUGGCCCUUCCAACCCUCCCUCCAUCUUCCCGCAUCAGAUCGCCACCACCGCUGCCGCCUACACCAUCGCAAAGUUCGGCAUGUCCCUGCUCACCCUAGGUCUCUCCGCUGAAACCAUCUCCAAGAUCGGCGUAAACUCCCUCUGGCCCUACACGCUCAUCGCCACCUCCGCCAUGAAGAUCGUCUCCAAGGACGCCGCUGUGCAGGAGCGUAGAUGGCGCAAUCCGAACAUCGUCGCGGAAGCAGCGGCCAGGGUGGUCGAGGAAAACGCAGCGAGUUUUACAGGCAAGUUUUUGGUAGACGAGUUGUAUCUCAGAGAAAAAGGUUUCUCUCUAGCAGAUAUCAAGAAGUUCAACGUCGACGAAAGCACAAAGUUGGAGGACCUGGCGGAAGAUCUGUACAUCAGUCAGGAGUUGAGAGAUGCUAUCGAGAAGAGCAGGAGAUCCUAA